AUGGUCGCAACAGACAGAGAACAAUUUGAACGCGACACUGUAGCAAAACCCUAUUGCCUAUGUUGGUAUAAGAAAGCACCCGUAGAGUGGCAGGAAUUAAGUUAUUGUUCCUGUGGUGAAGAAGUUGAUGUAAACGAAUGGGGAUGGGAGUUGCCAGCAGCCAACACAUUGAGCCAAGUGGUGAUGAGCGAAGACAGGAAACAGGUGACAUUCCACCCAUUCUAUAGCUCUGGCACAGCAGCAGUACGAGGUGACACUCCCAUGCUGCCCAAUAACCACUACUACUGGGAAGUGAAAAUGCUAUCAGAAACCUAUGGAACUGACAUUAUGGUGGGUAUCGGUACCAGCAAAGUGAAUAUGCCGGAGUCCCAGUACAAGUUCACCUCACUGCUGGGCCAGGACGCGGAGUCGUACGGGCUGUCGUACAUGGGUCCGGUGAAGCACAACGCGAUGGAGAUGCGGGGCUCGCCCGGCUUUUGUCGCGGCACUAUCAUCGGCGUGCGGCUCGACAUGUGGCAGGGGACGCUCGAGUUCUACCUCAACAGAGAGCCGCAAGGCAUUUGCAUAUAUAAUCUUCGACGCCACAACGUGCUGUUCCCCAUGAUAUGUUCUACCGCCGCCCAGUCAACCAUGCGUCUGAUCUACGCAGCAUCCUGGCGCGCUUCGCUUCUGGUAGACGCCGCCAAGAUCCUGGCCUCCACCGUUAGCAAAGACACGAAGAUCAGAUUGCCUCCGGGGCUCUGGCACACCCUGAAGUCGCAGUUUUGGUUAACGCUGCCAACUGAAGGAUGUGUAUCGGAGGAGAACGAAAAUGAGCCUUCGGUGAAACAAAAGAUGAAGAAAGUGCCAACUAUGCUCACCGAAAUUCUAAACAGCCAGUACAUGAAUGGUUUUUACGUUGACAACAUAGACCGAGACUACCGAAUCGUCGUUUGGCAAUGA